CUUGGCAAAGGAAGGCACGGAAAAAGCGGGAAACGAAAUUUUUCACUUAAUACUGAGUGGGAAACGUGAGUACGAACGUAAACAACGAAAACAACAGCGCUAGAGGUGACAUUACACAGCUGUUAGCGAUCGAUCUGCCACGCAUAUUGCAAAAGCUCGCGCUAGAGGGCGCCCACCAAUAGUGCACCAACAUUCUGUGUAGCCUCGCCUCUGUUAAAGCACAUAAUCAAAACAAUGCAGCCUGUCUCAAAACGUCUGCGUGAAAAUACUGGAACAAAUCUGAAGGGACCGCGUACAUCAGAAACGCCUGCCCCGGAAUUGGUUCAGCUUUUGAACCAACGAUUUGAGGAGCAAGUCAGUCUCAUUUCAACAAAGAUGAAUGAGGCAGAAGAGCGGCUGUUAAGUUUGCUAACAGGCAAGCUUAAUAGUAUGGCUGGUGAGAUCCAGAAUCUCACACAGAGAGUCCAGUUUCUAGAAAGUAGGCUGGGUGAGACUCAAAACCUUACAAAAAAGGUAGAGGAUCUGGAAGCCCAGCUUUUGUUAAAACUAGAUGCACAGGCUAAGGCCAAUGUCGCAUGCGACCUAAGGAUCCAUGGAGUUCCGUACGUCGAAGGUGAAAAGCUGAAACAUAUCUUCAACAACUUGUGCCUCAGCCUAAAUCACACGCCUGCGCCUGCUAUUAGGGAUAUCCAUCGUAUGAGGCCAAACAAAAAUCUUUCCCACUCCAUCGUUGAUCAUCAUUGUCAAGCUGGAACGGGUGCGCGACAAAGCGGCAUUACUGCGCAACAUCGCCCCAGUAUAUGUCAACGAGCAGCUUACCAGGGAAAACUACCAGAUUUUUAGAGAAGCUCUGAAAAUGAAGAAGCAUCGGAAGCUGCAAUCCGUGUUUACGCGCAGGGGUAUGGUUCACGUCAAAGUGACCCAAGAAAGUGAGAUCUGGGAAGUUCUUAAAAUUGAGGAUCUGAGGGAGAUGCAAGCUGCUACUGAGAGCCCUGCAGCUGGAGACGAGAAUAGCUCGUUUCGUCAAUAAUAUAACCAUAGGCAAAUUUUUCAUGUUAGCUAUAAGUAUUACCCAUCUAACCACCUUCCUGUAUUUUAUUUUUAAGUGGGCCCUUAACUGUACUUACUGUAAUGAAAUUUUUCGUUGUGUUAAAACACACUUGAUAUGGACGGUUCAUUAGAACUAACAAAUGUGAAUACAUCUCAGGUCCUCAGAAUUCUGGUGAAGCAAAAAUCGGGUCUGCAAAUCUGCCAUAUCAAUGCACAAAGCCUGACAAAAAAAAUUGACGAAUUCAGACAUAUGUUUAUCGACUCUGGUGUGGAUGUUAUAUGUGUGUCCGAGACUUGGUUUGUCCCCGACUUAAGUGACUCGUUAAUUGAAUGUAGAGGAUACAAUGUAUUUCGUUCUGAUCGUGUAGGGCAUGCCGGGGGCGUUGCAAUUUACAUAAAUAACAAGAUAUCCGCAAAAAUCCUCUGUAAGCAAGGACCAGAUAGUGCCAUAGAAUACUUAUUUCUAACGAUCACCAUCAAUAGAAGAAAGAUGCUUCUUGGUUGCAUAUAUCGACCAAAUCGAAACAUUGACUACUCAGACCUGACAUCACUUAUUACUGACAUUUCCUUGACUUAUACAGACGUAAUCCUAGCAGGUGACUUUAAUUGUGAUAUUCUUAGAGAAUCCUCAUUAGCAGAUAGCAUGUUGAGCCUUGACUUAAAUAUAGUGAACCACCAGCUCCCCACACACUUUACAAAAACAAGAAACACACUACUAGACCUAUUCUUUGUCGACAGUACUGACAAAAUUCUACUAUAUGACCAACUCACAGCACCAGGGUAUUCAAAACAUGACCUUAUUUUCUUGACCUACGAUUUUAAUCCUGACUACGAUAAUUAUGACACCUUUUACAGAGACUUCAAGAACAUUGACCUUGAAAAACUACACACUGACAUUAGCAUCCUUGACUGGACGUCAAUACAUUAUAUGUUGUCUGUAAAUUCUCAGCUUGCCCAACUUCAAUCAAACAUUGACUAUCUUUACUGUGAACAUGUACCUAUUAAGAGAAAGACAGUCAAACGAACAGAUAACUCAUGGUUCAACCCGGAGAUAAAGCUGGGUAUCAUCAAACGAAAUGAGGCUUUUAAAAAAUUUAAAAGAUAUAAGACUGAAAGCCACUUUAAUAUGUACAAAUCAUUAAGAUCAAACGUAACUAAACUAAUAUACUCUGCUAAGACCGCCUUCUACUCGUCAAAGUUUAACAACGCUCUGUGUAGCAAGCAGAAAUGGCAAGUGAUUAAAAGUAUAGGAAUUGGCAAAAAAACAAGAAACUCACUAGUUGACAUGGACGUAAAUGAAGUUAACAAAAAAUUUUUGCAAUUAGUUGUACCGGACCCAACACCAACCCUGAACUUGACAUCAGCGCCCUAUAAUUAUACUGUUCCUAGCUUUAGUUUCUGUUGUGUUAGUCCUUGUGAUGUUCUAGAAUCCAUUCAUAAGAUUAAAUCAAAUGCUACUGGCCUAGACGAUAUGAACCCGAAAUUUUUGAGAAUAAUACUCCCUAGAAUCAUCAUGCACGUUACUCACAUUUUCAACACAGCCAUUACCACAUCAACGUUCCCGGAACAGUGGAAGGAGGCUAAAAUAAUCCCUAUCCCAAAAGCAAACUCUGCAGAAUAUAGGCCAAUAUCCAUACUCCCGACCCUGUCAAAAGCGUUCGAGACCUUGGUAGCUAAACAAAUAAAUUCAUUCCUUACAGAGCACACAUUACUAAACAACAAUCAAUCUGGAUUCAGAACAAAUAGAAGUUGCACAACUGCAAUGAUAAAAAUUGUAGAGGAUAUCCGUGAAAGAAUAGACGACGGAAAUGUAACGUUCCUAACUCUUCUUGACUACACUAAAGCUUUUGACUCAGUUGACCAUCGCAUCCUCAUCGCAAAGCUUCGCGAAUCCUACAACUUCUCUGACUCUGCAGUACGGUUGCUAUCAUCCUAUCUGCUAAAUAGGAGCCAGGCUGUUGUUGCUGAAGGGAAAAUGUCGUCCUUUGCCUAUGUUAAGUGUGGUGUCCCACAGGGAUCAGUACUUGGCCCGAUAUUGUUCUCCAUUUAUAUAAAUGAUUUGCCAAUAGUAUUGUCCGACUGUAAAGUGCACAUGUACGCCGAUGACGUCCAAUUAUAUGUUAGUCGACCGUUAAAUCGAAUAGAUGAGUGUAUAAAUGUUACCAAUAGAGAGCUUGAGAAAAUUAGUGCGUGGGCAACCAAAAAUCGUCUAUGCCUCAAUCCAACAAAGUCAAAAUGCUUGAUUAUAUACAAAAACAAGAAAAAAAUAAAUGAAACUAUAUUGAGACGUGUAGAAAUAUCAAACACUCCCAUUAGCUACAUAGAGAAGACAACUAAUUUAGGCUUUAUAAUAAAUAGUACUCUGUCGUGGGAUGAUCAUGUGAGCAAAGCAGUUGGAAAAACAUAUGGGAUCUUAAGGGCACUUAAUAUUACCAAGCAAUUUAUACCAGUUAGCAUCCGGAUGCAGAUAGCAAAAGCAUACCUAGUACCUGUACUCACUUAUGGGAUUGAGGCAUUUGGAAACUGUGGCUACGAAAACAGGCAAAAGUUGAGCGUUUGCUUUAAUAAUAUAGCUAGAUACAUAUUUAGAUUAAGGCGCAGCGACAGAAUCUCUGCAUUCUCAUAUAAAAUUUUCGACAUGACUCUUUUCAAAUGGAUUGACUAUAAGAUGCUUACGUUCCUACAUAAAAUAAUCCUCACCAGACAACCCCAAUAUCUGUAUGAAAAAUUAAGAUUUACCAAUUCCGCAAGAACGAACAAUAUUAUCACCAUACGAUAUAGAACACUAAACUCUGAGAGACAUUUCUUUGUGAAUGUUAUUCGCAUAUGGAAUCAUCUUCCACAUCACAUGAAAACAAUACGAAACCUUUCACAAUUCAAAACACAGUUAGGUGCCCACCUUACACUAGACUAAGAUUUAAAAAUCAAAUUCAAUUUAAAAUAAAAUAACACGAACAUAAGCAUAAGAAAACAAAUCAAUAUAUGUAACCACUUAUUAGUAUGUCAUAUUAAAAGAUUAAUUUAGAUCUAAGUUUAAUCCCAAACUAAUGUGACACCUAGUGACUAGUGCUCUAAUUAUAAGCCCCUUGCUUGUAGCACUAGGAAAUACAAUAA